CCAUCCGCAGCAGGCUGGCCACGCGAGCGAGCCGAAUUCCCUCCCGCCGCCGCGCAGGGGAAACGCUCUUUUCAGUUGGUGUUGUUGUUGUCGUGUGCCUGCCGCGCCGCGGACGACUGCCUGCCAGCGCUGGCUCGAGUGACGGGAGUUGCUCAGCGCGCGACUAGUCGAGUGUUUCCGUCGGGAAACAGCAGGUGUGUUGGUCGCGGGAUGUCGGGAUAGCGACGCCGAGUUUGCCUUCAGCGUGGAAUAGCCGCUCACACAAGACCAAGACUAUGCCAUGAAGACCGAGGCGGCAACAUGGGUGGCCACCGCCGUGGGGUCGCCGCUCAUCAUCGUGGUCCUCUGCUGGACGCUGGUCAUCUACCACGACCACCGCCGCCACUGGCAGCCGGUGGACCUGCUGGUGGCGGCUGUCGUGGGCCAGGGCGUGGCCAAGCAGGCGGCCACCUUCUGCUACGCCGUGCUGACGCUGCUGCGGCCACUGGGUGGCCAGCAGCCGCUCUGCUCCGCCGUGUCGUGGCUGCUCAACUCGCUGCACUUCCUGCAGGCGGCCACCCUGGCCACCCUCGCCGCGUCCCGCAUGCUGGCGGUGCGCCGCCCGCUGCGCUACCGCCAGCUCGCCAGGCGCACCCACGUCACCUACCACGUGAUCUCGCUGGCGGCGCUGGCCGCCUGCCUCGGCGCGGCCGCCGUGCUGGCGGAGACGCGGCCCGGCGCGGCCUCCUGGCAGGGCGGCAACCUCACCGCGGCGCACCGGGUCUACUGCGUCUUCCUGCCGCAUGAGCUGGACGCGCGCUACGCCGUGCUGUCCGUCGCGGUGCACGCCCUGCUGGGGCUGGCCACGGCGGCCGCGCUGGCGGUCACGGCCGUGGGCUGGUGCCUGGCGCGCGGCCAGAGGGCGCGUGUCCCGGCCAGCCGCGAGGCGCAGCUGCUCAAGUCCGACGCCUCGGUGAUGUCCGACUCGUCCCUGGGCUCCGCCAAGCAGGACGACGAGAAGGCGCGGGCUCGCGGCGACCAGCAGCCCGCGGGCGACUCCGCGGCCAGGCGCCUCGCGCGCGGCCCGAGCCUCGAGGAGAUGUACGACCACAUCUACGCGCUGCGCUGGGCCACCGAGUCGUCGUGCAUCUCGUCGUCCACGUCGUCCACCAACAGCCGCGCGCCGUGCCUGGCGCGCCACCAGGCCGCGGCCAGGGGCGCCGCGAGCGUGCAGUGGGAGGAGCUGCGCAUGUGCACAGCCGUCGCGGUGCUGGGGCUCUGCUACAUCUUCAACCACGUGCCGGCCCUGAUCCUGAGCGUGGUGGGGACGUUCGUGUCGCAGCUGCUGCCGCCCAACUGGCCUCUUCACCUGGUGUUCUUCUGGACCGGCAUGGCCGAGGAGUGCCUCCUGCCGGUCGUGCUCGCCUUGUUCGACGACAACUUCUCCGGCUGGGUGCACGCCACCUACACCAGCGACCGCAGGCUGUUGGUCGACCUGGCCAGACACCACCAAGGACUGGAUGGCAAAUUCAGAAUAUUCAACCCACCGCUGGCUGAUGUCCAACCACACCAAAAGCUCCACCAUUCUCAACAACAGAUGAAGUUCCCCAUUACCAAUGGUUCCUUGUUCACCACCGUAUGUGGAAGACAUCCAGUCAUCCACAACUACAGGAGAGGAACCAGGCUGCCAGUAACGGUGCCAAGUCAGUGUGCUGGCUCCGGAGUUGGCACACCGGAGCAGUUUCUGCUACAGAAUGCCCCUGGCAUCAUUCAGCAUCCGGCUGCGGCAGGCAGCCAGACGAGCUUCACGGACGAGUCCAGGAAACUCCUGGGCGACUACAGAAAUUUCCAGCUGUUCCAGGGUUUGCCUGGAAGCGGUGAAGGACAGGAUGAAAAAAACUCUCCAAACAUGACACUAUCAGAGUUGCAACUGAAGCACUCGUCCCUUGGUUGUGAAGAAGAUUUAAAUUCAGAAUUAGCGAGCUUUGGUGAUGUCAAUGAACCCAUUUACGCUACACUUUCUUCUAGAAGUUGUUGUUCUGCUACGACGGCUGCAAACGACGACUUUGAAUUCUACCAACACGAAACCAAUCCUUCUGGCUGUUGCAAAAGUAACGAACUUUAUUUCAGCGAUGGAAAUGUGUCAAAUAUCUUGGAAAGAGAGAAUAAACGCAGUGAGGAAUCCAGUAGCUGUUCUCUUAUGAAUGAGAAAUCAUUUGGGGCAGAAUUCGACAAUGUGGAAAAGCUGAUGCCUCAGUUUCUUUAUGAUGGACUCUUCCAUGUAUGCGGAAAAAAUUCGAGCCACGGAGAUUUAGUGGUAGCCCCGAUCAAAGAGCCAAAUGUUAUCAGGAAUGAAAAAUUAAUCACAGAUGGGUCAUUGUUAGGUGCUAUUGAGAAUGAAAUAAAAAAUAGGUGUAAAGAAAUGAAACUAAACACAUCAUUGAUUGGAGAAACUUCUGAACAACAUAGAAGCCAUAAUCAGUUGGACUUGCCAACAACAGUAACAUGUGACACUUCAGUCACUGAAACUAAAAAUAUUGGUAACUGUGGUUACUGUGACCUGCAAAAAGACAAAAAUGAACAAAAGAGAGUAUUACGAGAGAAAGGAAAGAAAAGUGAUACCUUAUCACCAUAUAGCCACAGGAGGUACAUUUCCAAAGGAUUUUUGAAAUCACUGUCUGUAGACAACUUUGAUGAAUUAAAUGAAGAACUGAACUAUCACAAGGCUAAUGAUGUUACAGACUGGGGAAAUAAAUGGUGUCCAGAGUACAAAAGACAAUAUUCAGUUAAUGAGUUCAAUGCCAUGGAUAGAAAAGAGAUAAUCUUCGAGCUUCCAGGUAAAAGUGACAGUCUCAACACUAACGAAAUGCACCUUCGAGACAGCCAUCUUCCAUCCAAAACAGCGAGACCAGCCAACACAUGCAGAGAGCUUCCAGAGCAACUGCCUAAUUUCUACCAAACAUUCAAUACAGAAUCUAUGAUGACACAAGGAUCUAAACUGCAAAGGCAACUAGCUCAGAGCGCUAGCAAAAAACGACUGAUACCAGUGAUAUCAAUGGAAUCGCUCCUCCAUGCAGUAAACAAGGCUGGUGUUUUAUAUUUGGACAAUGGUGAACUAUGCCAACAUGGCCCCAAUCUCAGAGCCAGUACAUCUGAUUUAAAAACAGUUUUUGUGUCUGAUUACUUGUAGAUAUGUUAUGGUUUAUCACACACUUCAAUGAAAUAUUCCAAUUUUUGUGCAUUUCCAAAGACAAAACAUGUAACAUUCAAUUAAUUUUUUUUUCAUUUACAUUCCUGAGACUAUGUAGAUUUUUAUGACAUGCAGUUAUAUAAGGUAUCUUAAAUUUAAAAUAAAUAUUUUUGAUUACAAUUUUACAUUUAUUUUGUAUACUAAGUAGAUGCAAAGUGGAAAACUAUGAAUUAAAAAUUUCAUCUUUUGAUGUAAUUACAUUAAAGUUGCCUAAAAUUAUUUGAUAUGUAUAAUAAAUAUGAAUAUUUCCCAGUUUGAAUAAAUAGGAAUAAUAUCACAUUACCUAUGUGAAGUUUAAUAUAAACAUUGAUGCAUUUAAUUACUUCUGCAGCUUCUUUUAAAAAUAUAUUAAAUCAACUCAUUAUGGGUGGGGUUCAGUGACUAAAAUCAAUACUCUAACAAAUCUUUUUAUUUUUGGUAAAAUGUGAAUAAAACCUUCAAAAUCAACUACCCAACCACUUCACUUGGUCAGUAUAAGAAUAUGCGCAGCUGGGACCAGCAGUCAUUCGAGACAGGCUCUUCAGACUGGAAGGGUGUGUUUCUCUAUCCUGGCUGGCUUUAGACACGCGAGGGCAGUAAGUCUGCUCCCUCCCCUGGAAUGUGCGGGUUCUACCUGCGUAUGUGCAGGACAGGGCUGAGAAACGCACUGUUGCCAGUUCUGCUCGACCCUUCCGCUUUUCCCUUACCAGGUCAACACCCUCGGCAGCUGGGCAAGGUGACAAUCCGCUGGCGAGCCAGGAUGAGUGUGACGGCCCGCCAGGAAUUACCUUCUCACACUCGAGAGUUCAUACAUUAUUUUAAAGACAUUACCGUGUUGUAUGCAAUAAUUGGAGUUAAUUAAUUUUUUAAAUAAAACAAUCAUACACAAUGUUAGUUAAAAACAAAUGCCAUCUUUUUCAUUUUCUCAAGGUAACUAAAUUUUAGGAAGUCUUGAAGUUAGAGUUUAUUUAUAAUCCAUAUGCAAGAAGCCAAACAAAUCGAAAACAGUCAGAAUAAAUAAAUAAGCACAAAUGUGAGAUAUAAACUUCAUUAUGUAAAUAAGAUGCAAUUAGUAAAAUAGUAAAACAUAAAAUUAGAGGCAUGACAAUUAAUAUUCUUGUCAGGUAAAUUGUACAUUUUUAAUACCUGCCUAAAUUAUUACAAAUGCUAUAGGAUUUCCUGGUAAAAAUCCAAGAAGAAAACAGAUAAUUAAUUAUCUAAUUUUGUUAUUAUUUACUGGGGAGACAAAGAAACCAUAUUUACAACUUUCAAUCACAAAAAAAAACAUAUGUUUAGUAACAACAUUCGACAUUGCCAAUAAAGUAAUUGGAAAAUUCAUUAUUUGUGUUGGAAAAGCCCUCCUAUAUAGAAUGUCUCUGAACAUGAAGUUGGGCCAAGAAUAGUUGAUAAGCUAAUUAUUUAGUUCUGAAUAAAAAAAACCAAAAUCAGAAAAGCAUCGUAAUUUUUUAGUUAGAAAUUAAAAAAAAUAAUAAUAAUCUCUUCUGCACCAAAUAAUUGGAUACUGUGAAUAAAAUGUAUUUUUAAAUAAUCUUAAAUUACCCUAUGAUUAAUAAUGAUUCAAAAUAAAAUUUUAAAAUUAUUUUCUGGGGGUAAAAAUUCUGUGCACAUCUUAUGCGGCAAACAUUUUAA